ACUGGACUUUUUUUGGUCGUUCUGCAACUCUGUAGUCAGGAAGUUGCGCGCAUGCGCGGUGCUGCUAUUUCGACUGUCAUGGCGUCCUGCAUGAAAAUGUGUUCCCUGACCAGGGUCACUAACCGGGCAGUGAGUACCUUAGGAGGAAAUAAGCUGAAGGUGUCGGCAGAAGAGGCCACAGUGGCAGGUAAGUGCUCUCUAUUGGUGUCCAUUACCUGAAGACCAGGAUAAUGGGAGCAGGGUUUGGUGUCAGACACUUAAGUGGCAAUAAAUGACUUUCCUUCCAGUACAGUGUGUGUCAGUCAUAGCCUUCCCUUCUAGACACAAGCAAAUUAUAUAGAAAUGCAGGGUGCAGGGUUGGAAUGGGGGUUCAGGGAUAUGGUGAACCCUACAAUAUGGGACCUAGGUCAUUGCUAAUGGCCUCCACAUAAUGUAUAACCACUUUAGGCCAGGGGCAGCUAAAAAUGUAAACCCCUUUCCUUUUUUUUUUUUUAGGACUAUAACACCCAUGACGCCUUGAGAGCCAUAAGGCUCUAAGGUUUUUGCUCUCUUAAUUUGUUCUUGCCCCUUUAAUGUUAGUUGAAGCUGUAGCCACUAGUCUCUUAGUUUGUGCCUGCAGCAUAUUAUGGGGGUUGAAGUUGUUCAUCUUCUUGGGCAGGCAUAGGCAACCUUUUGGCAAUGCAGAUGUUUUGGGCUACACCUCCCAUUAUGCUUUUCCAGCAUUAUGGAUGUAAGAGGAUUAUGGGGGAUGUAGUCCACAACAUCUGGAGUGCCGAAGGUUGCUUAUCCCUGUUCUAGGCAGUUUAAAUGACGUACUGCUAGAAACCUCUAUAAGUUUCGGAUGCUUCAAAAUCACGGUGUGGUGCAAUAGAGGAAAAUAUAUUUUAAGAUCUGUAGAGCAUAAUCACAUACAAUGUUUCGGCAUAAAGUCUUAAUCAUUUAUAUGAAAUGAUUAAUAGUAUACAUAAUUAAGGUUUGGUGUUGAAACGUUGUAUGUUUUUUUUUUUGAGUACGUGAUUUUAAAGAUUUUAGUGACUGCAGACCCUGCCGUGGUGCUCCUGGGUGCAAUAUUUGCAAAUUACCUGUGUGCAACACUACCUUUUGGAUUUGACAGUUUCUGAUGCUUGAUCCAAAAGCAUGUUGUGAGUUUGUAUCCGUGUAGUAAAAUUUAACUUUGAAUCAAUGACUUUGCUGCUUAACAAUGCUAAAUAUAUUGAUUUUUUUAUUUUUUAUUUAUUAUUCUUAGAUCAAGAAGUCACAAGGAAAUCAUUCACAGAUCUCCAGAGAGAACGACAUAAGCAAGCAAAUCUAUCUGUUCUUAUUAGCUGUCCCCCAUAUUUUAAUGAAAACAAGUUUAUGAAAUAUUUAUCUCAGCAUGGGAAAGUAGCCAAUCACUUCUUUUAUGAAAGCUAUGUAAGUAUUCUUCUGACUGAAUACAACCAGAAAUGUCAAAUUUGUAUAACUAAUAAAAAAAAUAAAACCCAAAAAAACAACUAAAUUUUAUUCAUUUUUAUGGUUGCUUCUGUUUAGACAACUUUUUAGAACAGAUCCUUCUUCAGGACAGUAAUGUGUUCAAUAAAUUUGUGCACAGGUCGUCUGUAUGGAUGCAUACAAUUGUAUUUUUUUCCUGGUGAACAAUUAAUGGAAACACCAUGAGGCUUAACUUCUUUUUGUAAAGUUACACCGGGCGAAGUGCAGUGGCAGGUAAGUUUUAGUUACUGAAGCUGUCCUUCACGACUGCCUCCAUCUUCAUUUGUUGCAUCCUCUUCAGCUCCUGGUGCUUCACCUGCCAGGAGUCAAUGUCUGUAGUUUAUUGACAUGAAUGAAAGAGAGCACAACACUGAUGUCUAUGGAGGAUCCUGCAGGAGCCUCCCUGGACCAUGCCUUUUUCUUCACUGCGUCAAUUGCAAAACUUGACGGCAGUAGCUCUGUUUUUUUUUUCUCAGACAUAGAAAAAUAGUUAAGAAAAAGUAGUCCCUACUUUGUCUUGUAUUUUUUGACUGCUUUGAAAUUUUAGUGAUCUCCUAACAGUCUGUGUAUUUCAUGAAGAUUUUUAUUGUUCUUAAAUACUCCAGGGGGGGUGACAGAGCCAUAUUAAUGUAGUACAUUCUUUGAAAGGUUUUGCAAGUUAUCUGCACUGCAUUUUGUACAUUCUGCUCUGUUGUUUCCUGUUCCAGUGAGGAUAUUUACAUUAAAGUGGCACUAUAAAUACCUUAGCCACUACAGCCAGUCGUAGUGGUUAUGGUUAGAGCAUGCUACUGGCGCCAUCCCCCUUUUCAAAUGGCUUAACACAAACUGAAUCUGAAUCUGAAUCACACCUGGGCGCCUCUCCAUAAUACUGCUGCAGAGUUCCACUUCUACGAUAGCAGAAUAAAUUUUUUAGAAAUUUGGAAAGGAAAGUCUGUCAGCUGAUGGUCUUGGUCCAUCAAUGUUUUCUAGAUUGGACAAAACCGCAGAUAUAGGUAAAUAUACAAAAAAUAAGGAUUCUAUUCCACAGAAUCCCAUACAGGUAUAGUACAACAAUUCAUUGCAAAUUAAAACUUUCUACAACCUCUUGUGCACUCCCUCUGAAGUAUUACUUGAACUUUACUCUUAUACAAUUAUUUUACCUGAUGAACUGAUAUAUUAUAUUUAAUGGCGUCUCUUUUUCAUCAUAUGUCUUUGUAAAAGAAUGGUUCGCUACCUCUAACGCCUAAUUUUUCUAUUUUAAAGGGCACUCAUGCAGUGGUGGAAUUUGUGGAAAGAGAAAGCAUAGAUUCUCUUCGAGCUGCAACUAGGGUCCCCCAUGGAGAUGAUGAGUGUGUUGUUCCAUUUAAAUCUAGACUUCUCACUCUCAAAUCAGAUCGUGCUCUGGAUCGAACAUCCAUUCAGUGCCUCCGACAAUCUGCAGUUCCUAUAAAUGAAUUAAUUCAGAAGUUGUGCAAGGCCCAGGAUGUAAGCUAAAUGUAUUAUCUUGUUGUUAGUCUUAUUUUGCCCCCUUAGCUAUAGACAAACCAAUGCAUAUCUGCAGCCACCAUGUCUCAUUAAGGCUUCAUUCCAAAUUAUUUGUAUGAUGCGAGCAUGCAUUGUGUUUUGAGCACUUGGGUUAUAACAGGAUUUAACAAUUCUGAAUACAUCUAUACUUAAUCUCUUUGAACCAAAUUUUCGCAGUGGUGUUGAUACAGGUCCCCUGUGACAGUUGUCGAUGUAAAAUGGUCAGCUGUGCUUUGGCAGUGGUUCAAGGCCUAAAGCGAAUAAGCAUGGCCAAUCCUGCAAUAACCCCUUGCUCAGAGCUUUGCAGAGUGUGAGCACACAAUAAGCCGGAGCUCUUGCCGUGUCCAUUUUUAAUAUGUUGUACCUACAUUCCAAACUCAUUUUGUUUUUGAUAAUGAACAGUAAAUGCAAAACGUCAUCCAUAGCUGUACAUUUUGCUCUACACCAAAACCAGAAAAGAAGAUACAAGUAAGAGACCCAUGGUGUACAUCAUAUCUGCAUUAUAACUACUGAGUAAAAACAAAUACAUAGAAAACAAUCCUUAGAUUACUUCUCCCAAAUAAUUGUUUCAUGAACUCUGAUUUUAUAUAUUUCCUUCCGUUUUUAUUGUUCACGUUGCUCAGGUUAUUUACAAGUAUAUUAUUCACUCCCUCUCUUUCAGAUUAAUGAGCAAGUUUAUACACUCCUAGAUGAAUACCAGCUAACAGAUGAGAAUAUACGCCUUCGGUUCCUUGUGUCGUCUUUGAUAAAGGAUGUUGCUACAGCCUACUUCCCAGAAGCCACAGUAGACCCCUUUGGCUCAACUGUAAAUUCCUUUGGCAAACUGGGUUGUGAUUUAGACUUGUUUUUGGAUUUGGAUAACAUUGGAAAGAGUAGUACUGGAAAGGUAAGAAGAGUGUGUUAUUUUUUUUAAUGUGGUCACUAUUUGAGUAUUCAUCUAUUUGUGAUGGAAAACUUUGAUGUCGGUAGUAAGUUUAGGAGCACUUGGUCUAACUGUAAUUAUACUGCCAUGCAAAGAAAUAGGGUUUCUGAAGCCUGUUAUAUUGAAAUAUGAUGAGGUGUGUGACUUAUUAUUUUUUUUUUUUUUAAGCAAGCCAGUACAAACUCAUUGUCUAGCUAAGAAUCUUGGAAAUUGUAGUUGUUGUUAUAGCUGCAAUAACUACCUGUUGAUAACCCAACCUAUGCGUAAGAGUAUACAGUUAAUGAUAUCUCACAUGGAUGGAUCAUAAUGCCAGUAGGAUUAGGUAGUUAGUUAGUUAAAGUGUAAGUUGUAGAACUUGUUCAUUUCUUCUGUUUGCAUGUUAAUUUACCUGCAGGGCCAAAAAAUAUAAUUUUCUAUUAUGGUUGCAUUGUUGAGUAUUUGAAUGCAUGAUAUUAAAUACAUGUACAAAACAGUCUUAUUUUGUUUGUGGUACAGAAAUGUGUGUAAAUUUUUCACAAUUGAUACUCUUGUUGUAUAAGAUUAAAUUAGAUUUACUAAUAAUGUUGCCCAUAUUGCAAGCAUAGGUUUUAAAGGGACAUUAUAGACAAAUUUAGCUUUAUGAAGCAGUUUGGGUAUAUUGAUCAUUCUGCUGCAGUCUCAAUGCUCAGUUCUCUGCCAUUUAUGAGUUAAAGGAACACUAUCUUGCACCUCUAAAUAUAGUAAAAUCUUACCUUUAUUCAAGUCUGCUGGUGCUGGCUCUGCUCCUGAUCUGCCUCCUUGGAUGACAUCAUCCGAAGUGAUGGUAUCAGCAAAUCACAAUGCUGUCUCAUAAGAAAGGAUUGGAUUUGCUGAGAUUGUCAGUUCUGAUGAUCUCUACCAAGGAGGCGGACCAGAGGUGGAGCUAUUUAAAUAAUAACCCCAUGCAGAGGGAGGAGAUACUGAAUGUUAGUGCCACAGGAUGCACCUAUAGUGGCCAUCUGGAGGUGUCCCUACGCUGUAAUGUAAACACUGUCUGAAAAGACUUACUGCAAAAAGCUGCAUGGACCUACUAUACUCACGAGAACAACUACAAUAAGCUGUAGUUAUUCUGGUGGCUAUAGUGUCCCUUUAAAUUACUUUUUACUUAUGUUUAUGCAGCCCAAGUCACCCCUUCCCUGGUUGUGACUCACACAGCUUGCAUGAAAAAAGUCAAAUUUUCAAUCCGAUUUUAACUUGCUUUAGACGUUCUUGUCUCAUGCUCUGUAAAUUGAACUUUAAUCGCACACAGGAGGCUCUAGAAGGCCAAUAACAGAGCAGGAGAUAUGAAAUUCUAGAUUAAAACAUACUGUGCAAUAAAGGAAGCUAAAAUACCUAGGUUCGUUUUGAGGAAGUAUUUGGGAAGGCUGUGGAAGUCACAUGCAGGGAGGUGUGAUUAGAGCUGUGUUAAAAAAAGUGAUUUAACUUCUAGGUAUCAACAGAUUAAAGUUUUUGCUGAUAUUCCGAUGUGUGUAUUGGCCGAUAAUCACCGGCAGUACCAAUAAUGAAUGAGUGGGAUGGCGUGUCCAUAAGGUGGCACAAGCGGCUGCCUUAGGGCACACGGACCCGGGGGAGGUUGGUCCUAGUGACCGACAGGAGGUGGGCACACAGCGCUCCCUCCUGCCAGGCACUCUGUGUAGCGUGGCUGAGCGGAGCAGUUCGCACCUUGGUACACAAAUUAUGUUUCCUGUGCCUGGCCGGACUGAAAGGAAGUGCUCACUGAGAGAGCACUUCCUGUCAGUCUGGCCGGGUACAGGAGACUGAAUCUGCUGUAUCGCGGUGCGCACUGCUCCGCUCGGCAACACUACUGGGAGACACAACGGGGAGCGGGAACCAAGGAGAUGGGAGAGAGGGGGGCACUGUGGGACAGGGGGUGGGGGUGGCAAGGAACACAAUAGGGGAGGUUGGCAAGGAACACUAUGGGGGAGAGAAGAACAUUAAUGGAGGACACUAAGGUACAGGGUAGGGAAGGGAAAAGGAACACUGGGGUGAGAGAGGGCUCUAAAAGAGAAGAGAGAGGAACAGGGGAAUUGAUUGGGGGGCACUAAGUGACAGGUAAGGGGUGGGGAGGAGGGCAGUUACAUACACACACACACACUCUCCACCACACUCUCCAACACACACACACACUCUCUCCAACACACACACACACUCUCUCCAACACACACACACACACACACUCUCUCCAACACACACACACACACACACUCUCUCCAACACACACACACACUCUCCACCCCACACACACUCCACCACACACACGCUGCAUUUAGUAAUCAAAUACUGCAUCCACUACACAAAUACACACAAAUAUUCUUGAAAACAUAACAAAAAUUUGACUGGCAUGUAUAUUUUGUGCAUUUACCACUUAAAGGACCACUAUAGUGCCAAGAAAACAUACUCGUUUUCCUGGCACUAUAGUGUCUCUAAGUCCCCCCCACCCUUCGGGUCCCACUCCUGCCAGGCACUAGGGUGAGGAAGGGGUUAAACACAUACCUUUUCUCCAACGCCGGGCUCCCUCGGCGGUGGGGACUCUCCGCCUCCUUUCCCCGUCAACGGCUGAAUGCACAUGCGCGGCAAGAGCUGUGCGCACAUUCAGCCAGUCUGUGAAAAUCACAGUGAGAAGCGCGGAAGCGCCUCUAGCGGUUGUCAAUGAGACAGCCACUAGAGGCUGGAUUAACCCAUGGGUAAACAUAGCAGUUUCUCUAAAACUGCUAUGUUUACAGCAGAAAGGGUUAAUCCUAGAUGGACCUGGCACCCAGACCACUUCAUUAAGCUGAAGUGGUCUGGGUGCCUAUAGUGGUCCUUUUAAUAAAAAAAAAAUUGCAAAAAAUAAAAUAAAAAAAUACGGUAAAUGUACAGAAUAUCGGUCUGCUAUCGGCUUGAAAGUUCACAGAUUAUCGGAUAUCUGCUCUAAAAAAUCAAUAUCGGUAGAUCCGUAUAACUCCUAAAUGGCAGAUAAUUGAGCAGUGUGACUUCAGGGACUAUAUACCAAAACUGCUUGAUGUAGCUAAAGUUCUUUUUUUUUUUUUUUAAUUCUUUAUUUUUGUUGUGCACAAUAUUAACAAAUAACCUUGGUGCGCCACAACAGCGACAUCCGGGUGAAUUGGUGAACAAUUGAAAUACAAGUUGUGGCAUUCGCUAGACAGGCACAUUUUUAUGUUAGAGAGAUCAGUAUUACAAUAGUUUAGGUUCUCGUUUAAGUGGGUUAGCGAGGUGCACAUGUCAGGAAAGGGUAAACAGAGGAGUGACAUAGAGACGAAGCAUGACAUGUGCAAUCAUUGUAUGAACACAGCUUUACACGUAGUAUAUGCUAGGUUGAUUCUAUCCUAUCUCUUGUCUGGCUAGACAGGGAAUAAGUGGUUGCAAAUUGCGCUAGACUUAAACCAGAAAUAAGCCUACAGGAAGCAUAUAACAGGCAUGUGUGAAAAUACUACUGAUGUUUAUAGAUUUGAGGUGUUCUAAACAAAGGAAAUAAAAAUAAUAGUGAAUGCAAUCAAAGUUAUAACAUGUUACCAAGGUAAAGCUGGCUGAUACCCUGGCUACACUUGGUUUGGUAUGAUUCUACACAGGACCCUUAGCCUAUGCCACUUAGAGUCCAAGUCUGAUGAGGUAGCUUGGUACCGGGUUCUGCCUCCCCUUCUUGCUCUUUCCGUGUGCGGCGUCGAACUAGGAAAGAUGUUGACCCCCAUGGGCCGACGUUCUUGUGUGCCUGCCGCUGUGGCUUCUUGCGCUUUCUCGCUUUGUUAGCCGUGCGGUGGCUGUGUAUAUGCUUGCCGCUUCGUGUAGUAGGAUGACCCCCAGGACCCGCUUGACUUUCAGCAGGCGUAUAGAGUGAUUCUCUGGGUUGCUCUCCUUCAGGAGAUUCAUUUGGUGUCGCUUCAAUAAGAGCCUCCAAUUUGGCCCAGAAAUCCGCAAAGGUCGCAUCCAGUCGCUCCAGCACAUAUUCAGCCGCACCUCCUCGUGUCUCCAUGGGCUGAUUCAGACCCGGCUGGUGGAGCAGAGACCUGGCCGCCAUCUUAGGUGAGUCAGCCGCGAUCAGGCGUCGUGGUAUGAUAGCUGUGUAGGGUCGACCGAGGUGCCAGCCAGUGGAUACCGGGAUAACCCCCACCGGUCCGGGGGUGGGGGGGAGAAGAUAGCUUUGUUCACCGGGACCACAUAGUAAAUGAAAGAGCUCAGGCUUGUGUAGGCCGCUGGCCACUACCAGGACGUACUGGGUCCAGACAGGCUCACAACAACUAUCCUCCGGUGCACCGAAGACCCAUUGGCAAUAUGAGUGCUUAUUGUGGUCUGAUUGAUGGGUGGCCCGGGUGUAAAUCUUGAUUUAUUGGGGCCAGAUGCAGGAGCUCUUGCAGAGCACGUCUGGCUUCCUUGGCAGUCAAGCUCCACCCCCGCUAAAGUUCUUUUAGUGACUAAAGUUCAGUUUGUUAAAUUGCAGCUAAUUGAUAGCACACCAUGCUCCAUUUUUGUCUAGUAAUUCCUUGAUAGGGAACUUUCUUUACCAGUAGUACUCUUAAUCAACAAUCUAGGAUUCACGUGCCACUUUGUAACCUUUUUGUUUGCUUUCAUUGUAUUCAUUUCACGUUGCAUUUAUUUAAUUGUUGGGAUCAGCCUGCAUAUUGCAUUUUUUUUUUUUUUUUUUGGGGAUUGGGCAAUGUUUGCUAAACUGUCACGUUCUGCAGGGCAGGGUAGAUGACUACCCUGGAGAACGUGACAGUUUAGCAAACAUUGCCCAAUCCAAGGUGUAUAAUUACUGAUCUGGCUUGCAUUUACAUCAAAAAAUUAUAGUAGCUAUGUCAAUAUAAAAACCUGUUUCGAUCCAAAAGAAGCAUUUCUAAUUGUAUUUUAUGGUAUUGAUUUGAGUAUGUACCCACUACUACAAUUGUGGGGAUUCUAACUUCCAUUCAGGUCAUGUGCACUUAGAUUGUCAGAAGGGCUCUGCUCACCAUGUUGAUCAUUACUGAGGAUUCCCAGAAAUCACUAGAUAUUUAGCAUGCAUGCAGCCCUCAUCCACUUUUUAAAAAAAAUUUAUUUAAGGAAGUAAACCAUGAGUUUCUACUGUGAUGUAUCACUUCCCUCUUUUUUUUUUUUCUCUCCUCCAUGAUAUAACUUAAACCUAUAGAUUCUCUGACGUCUGUAAAUAUAAAGUCUCCCUGUACUGAUUUGCAUUGCAGGGUAUAGAGGGUCGACCUUCUGCAAGAGUUUAAUAUCUGACGUGUACUUGAUGAUGUAAAAUGUCAUUAUGACUUUGCUCUUUAUAGUCUCCUGCAGUAGGAUGUAUGUGAGUGGUGAAUAGGUCAGUGUGUUUGUACACCCAGAAUGCACUGCAUGCAUUCAGAUAUAUAUAUUUUUAUUUUUUUUAAUAUUGACUUCUUUAGAAGAAAAAGUGAACCAUAAAGUGUUAUGGGUAGAUACAUGUUAUUCCAUGAAUUGUAUUUACGAAAUUGACAGCAAAUGUAUUGUUUUAAAAGCGCUACAAAUCACAUAUUUUGUUAUAGUACGGUGUUUAUACGAUGUUUACUUUGUCUCUUCGCUGCAGAAAUACAUUUCUAAUUUUCAGCUAGCCAGUAGAGACUAACAACGCAUUGUUUGCAGUCAUACAAUGCAUUAUGGGUUUUCUGUUGCUAUCCUACACAGCAGUACUUUACUUCUAAAUAUAUUCACGUAUACGGUUUUAUACAAUUUCCAUUUUCUUUCAUUUAUUUAUUUUUAUUUUUUUUCUCUUUUCUUACAUGUCUGUGUUAUUCAUAGAAGUUUUUCAUGGACUCUAGGUUCACUUUUUUUUUUUUUUUUUUGUGAACAAUCAUGAAAACUGAUUGGAAAAACAAGAUAUUUCAUGUCUGUGCAAACCAGUGUUAACACUAAACUAAAACAAUUCAGAUGACUAAAAUACGACUAAAGCUAAAAUGGCUUUUUAGUCAAAAGACUAUGACUAAAAAUAAAUUAAAAUUAACACUGGGGCGGGUAAGACACAUGAGGGGAGGGAGGAAAGGAAAUGAGAUACAUGAGAGGACUGGGAGGAAUUGAGGCACAUGGAGGGGGCUGAGAGAGGAGAGGAAUUGAGACACGUGGGGGAGCUGAGAUGCAUGGAAGGGCUGGGUGGACACAGCAACAUGGAGGGACUGGUGGAGAAAGAGACAUACAAAUGGGACUAUGGCGAAUAUAGAGACACACAGAGGGGCUGGGGAAAGGGCAAAAGACAGACCGGGGCUUGGGAGAGACACACCCAGAGAGGCUGGGGACACACACACACACACACAGAGACAGAGGCUUUAACUAAACCCAUUAGAUUUUAGUCUACUGAAGAUUUAGUCGACUAAAACCAUUCAGGUGACUAAAAUAUGACUAAAACGGAAAUGGCUUUUUUAUUUUAUUUAUUUUUUUAUAUAUAUAUGACUAAAACUAAAUUUGAAAUUUACCGCCAAAAUUCACUGGUGUAAACACAGAAUAAUGAAUGGCAAACUAACAUUAGAAAAAACAAACUCCCUUUUUGUUUUUUGUUUUUUUUGUUGUUGUUCUGUCACAAUGUUUGGUGGAGUUAAAAAUAAACAACAAACUAGAUUGUGGAAGCUGAUCAUUUGAUAUUUCUAGUGUAUUAACAAAAACGCCUUUUAAUUAUCUUCUGUAAAAACUAAUCGCUCUUGGAUAAAAUGUACGCUGACCAUAAGGAGAUGGUAAGUGUUUUAUGUUGAUUUUAGAACCAUCUUUUAAUAUUUAGGGGAUUAUACAGUGUGACAAACUCCCCUUCCCACGUGUGUUUGCCACGUGCUAAUUUUGAGCAUGGUGUACUGUAAUGAAACAUAUUUUUUUUUUUUAAUGAAAUCCGUUAACACAAGAUACGCAUUUCAGAACAUUGCAAUUGUUAUUUUUGUGUGUUUCAGGCUGCGGGUUCUUUUACUUCUGAGUAUCUAAUGAAGCAUGUUCCAUCUGGAAGGGUAGUGACGCAGAGGAUUCUUUCGGUCAUCAGUGAAUGCAUAGAUAAUUUUGGACCAGGAUGUACUGGAGUGCAAAAAAUAUUAAAUGCUCGAUGUCCUCUAGUACGAUUUACUCAUCAGCCUGCAGGCCUCCAGUGUGAUCUCACAUCAGAUAAUCGGUAAGGUUAUUGUUUCAUGUAGAACUGUAAUACUGUAAUAGUCCUUGCAAUAAAACAACUUCUUAUGGGUGAUAGAUUUGUAACUGUUAAAGGGAUACUUUGACCACCAUAACCCCUACAGUGAGCUGUAGUGGUAAGGUGUCAGGAGUCCUCUGGCGCCGUCCAAAAGUAAAGUAUUAAAACAUACAAGUGGUUUGACAACUGUGUCUGUUGGACGUCUGGCCUGAGCCACGGUCUAACCUUGUGCGUUAAAUCUAGGAAACAACAAGAAUGUCACUCUGAAUUUCGGGUAAAAUUAUUUGUUUUUGGGAACAAACUAUUCCGUACAUCAGGGCUUCACAAAUUUGCUUUGAUAAUCUUCAAGCUCCUCUUGCUCUGCUCCAUCGUGCACUGUUUAGUGAUGUCGAAGCUGGAGUGCUCCCGGCAUCACAGCAGGGUGUGCGAGAGAGAAGAGCAAGAAGAGUUUGAAGAUCACAGCUCCCUCGCCGCCCACCUGCAUUCUCACCUGGCCACCUACAUUCUCCAUCACCCGGCUGCCUCGGAUCACGUGAGCUAAAAAAACACCCAGAAGCCAGGACAAAAUUCCUAGUCGCAAUGGCAACCAGAUGCCUGGGAUUUGUCGAGCCCUGCCGUACACAAACACCACAAUGAAAUAGUAAGGGUGCCCAGAGUCCACUGAGGCCUCUUACCUUAAACUUUUAAAAUAUGAUUUAAUACUUUAACAUUUAAGUGGAGUCUCACAGACUCCAAUGAGAGCAUGAGCUCUCUCUUUCAACAUAUCAAUGUACAAGUAAGUGUCAAACUGUCUCUAAAGGAACACUAUAGUCACCAGAACCACUACAGCUUAAUGUAGUGGUUCUGGUGUUUAUAGCGCAUUCAUCCAGUCUUUGCGCUGUAAAUGCUGCCAUUUCAGAAAAGGGCAGAGUUUACAUUGCUGACUGGUAACACCUUUUAGCUUCUCACGUAACCCCAGUGACUUCCACAGAGGGUGCUGAAGAGCAGCUCCGGGAGAUUCAUCCAGCGCUGGAUUCAAGGUAAGUAAAACCUUUUAUUUCAGUUUUUACUACAAAGUGAGGGGGGCCAUCAUCACAGUGCUCAAUAAGGGAAAGGUUCCCCUACUCAAUAGGGUUAUAGUAAGCCUUCAGGUAUUUAUAAUCUUUAUUGUGGAGCAUGGAUAACUACCAGUACUCUGGUUUUAUUAAGAGCCAUAAAUGGCAUUUAUCAUUUUAUUUUAUGUUCUUUAUCUGUGUAUCUAUAAGUGUUACAUUUAAUAAGCGUCUAUUGCUUUUCCUUCACAUGGUGCUAAAUCUGGCAUUGCUUAAAAAAAUAAAGUGUGUGUAUAUUUAUGUUACUGGAAAUUUCGCAAUAGGAAUCUUUCGAAAAGAAGUGUAGCAAUCCCGUAGAAUUUGUUUUUACCAACAACAAUUUUUUAUUUUUUUAUUUUCUGCUUUGAAAAGCAUCACUGAACCUAAUUUUACAUGACUAUUGAAGCUUGUUAGGCAAAGGUUCUGCGUGAUGGAACAAACUGCUGUGUGACGUUUCUCUUGAAGGCCAUAUUAAAUGAUGUUGUGAUUCAUGUACCCAUGGAGAAUGCGUUGGGAGUCCUUCUACCACUGAUUCACUGUCAUUUUUAUAUAUUCGGGAUAAUUUGUAGCAGUACAGUUAUUUUGAUUGCUUGCUUGAAUUGUGCCAAACCUAAACUUUUUGUGCUGUGAAUUUAAUCGGUUUUAAUGUUAUGGAGAAACACUGAACUUUUGUGGAUAUGUAAUGUUAAACAUGUCUCCUCUGUAAGUUUCCCAUGCUAAUUAGUGGGAGAAGCACAGUACUCUGGUUAAUGCAACGACAGAUUAUAUAGCCUUGAACCUGCAGGAAACAUAAAAAGUAAUUGAGUCAUAUAUGGGCAUCAUGAGAAAACAAAAUAAAUAGUAUGUGGAAACCAAUUAAUAGACACUACAAGGUAUAUUAUCAUGAAUGUUUUCUGUUAUUUUAGAUUCCUUUCAAAAAUGAAUAGUAAUAUAUACCAUGGAAACAGUAUUCCCUUUUUAAAGGAACACUAUAGUGUACACAAAGCUGUAUUCCUAACACUAUAGUGCCCCCCAUCGGCCCACGUACCCCCCAUCUGGGGGCACUCAAAGGGUUAAAUAACCCUUUAAAUGCUCACUUUAUUCCAGCACCAAGGUCCCUCCUCUGACAUCAUCGCAAGCAGGAUCUUAAUGUCCAUGGACGUCAAGCGCUGCAAGCACAUGAGGCCUUCCCCAUAAGAAAGCAUUGAAUUAGUGCUUUCCUAUAGGGAUUUUGCAUAAAACUCUGUGAAUCAGUAGGAAGCACCUCUAAAGGUUGUGUGGUAGGCCACCAAUAGAGGCAGUCUGAGAUGAAGUGGUUUGGGUGCCUAUGGUGUCCCUUUAAGUUCAGUUUAUGGAAAAAAAGUCACAUUUAAGUUACUGUAUAUACAAAUAUUAUUGGAAAAUUCCUAUUUUUAUCACUACAGAUCAAUUUUAUGUUUAUUGUUGCAUGCAUUCGAUGUUUGGGUUUUUUUUUUCUUUUUUUUUUUUUCGCUAUAUGCUUCUCUUGGUCCUUACCAUAAUUUAAUUGGUAUUCUGAAAAUAUCCUAUUAAAAAAAUACACAAACCCCCCCCCACAAAUCAUUACAAAUACAGGUUUGAUCACCCCACUUUCUUAAAGGACCACUAUAGUGCCAGGAAAACAUACUCGUUUUCCUGGCACUAUAGUGCCCUGAGGGUGCCCCCACCCUCAGGGUCCCCCUCCCGCCUGGCUCUGGAAGGGGGAAAGGGUUAAAAACUUACCUUUUUCCAGCGCUGGGCGGAGAGCUCUCUGCCUCCUCUCCUCCUCCGAUCCUCCUCCUGGACUUAAUGCGCACGCGCGGCAAGAGCUGCGCGCGCAUUCAGCCCGUCGCAUAGGAAAGCAUUUACAAUGCUUUCCUAUGGACGCUGGCGUGCUCUCACUGUAAAAAUCACAGUGAGAAGCACGCAAGCGCCUCUAGCGGCUGUCAAUGAGACAGCCACUAGAGGAUUUGGAGGCUGGCUUAACCCAUUGAUAAACAUAGCAGUUUCUCUGAAACUGCUAUGUUUAUAAAAAAAAUGGGUUAACCCUUGAAGGACCUGGCACCCAGACCACUUCAUUAAGCUGAAGUGGUCUGGGUGCCUAGAGUGGUCCUUUAAUGCUAUAAUAAUAGUAACUAAUGUAACUUAUUUUUUGUGUGUGUGUAUAUAUUUAAAUUAAAUCUUCUUAAUCAUUACUGCUCUGUUCAAUUCUAUAUGUGUACGGAUAAAUACUUUCAAUUCUUUUUUUUUUUUCUGUACCUCUGAGUCCCUCUCUUGUCUGAUUUUGGUAGUGCAGUUUUACAGUAGAAAUUCAAAUUGUCAUUACUAGGUUCCCACAAACCUGCACCUUAUAUUGAUAUAUGUAUGUUGGGUUUAUUUUUUUUCUUCAUGUUGUGGACACAUUUAAAGUGUGACCUCAUAGUGCACCAACCGAUGAAAAAAUGUGGGUGUUUUGCAUUUUGACUCAUACUUUAGAAAGACCAGGUCCUUGGCGUUGAAUGGAGAAACAAAAUAUAAUUUUGGACAAGGCAGUCAGUUUAUAGAUGUAUAUGUGAUGUAUGUAAUCUGUUUGACUUUUUUUGCAUUUUGAUUUUAGAACUUCCCUUGGUUAGUUUGUGUUGCAUUUAAGGAACACUCCAAACUCCUAAGAUUCUCUUCGGUUGCUGAAGUGCUUUAAGGGUUAACAUAGUGUCCCUCUAGCUUACUUCAUAGAAGUGCCAAUUUCAAGUGAAAUUUGUACCCUCCUCAUUGUUCUUCCUCACACUGAGUGUGAGACUUCUCAUAGAAAAGUAUUUGUUUCAAUGAAAAGCUUUAUUGGUGGAUCAUGACGUUUGACGCUCAUGGUCUCUGCAUCCCUGUGCUGUUCUUUAAAGAUUGAAUUGGCUGCUCCGAGAAGACAAUCCUGGAGCGAAGGGGGGGAAUAAAUAAAAACACACAAGUUGUGCACAAAUUUCACAGUAGGCACUGCCAUAUUUUGGUUGGUCUUCAUAAUAAUUGCUAAAAGAAAUGCCAUAACCCAUCUUAACCUUGUUUGCUCUCAAUAGAAUUGCGCUGAGGAGUUCAGAGCUUCUUUACAUAUAUGGGAAUUACGACAAUAGAGUCAGAGCUCUGGUGUUCGCCUUGAGAUGCUGGGCUCGAGUUCAUGGAAUUACAAGUGCCAUUCCGGGGGCCUGGAUAACAAACUUCUCCCUCACCAUGAUGGUCUUGUUUUUCCUGCAGAAGAGAAACCCUCCAGUCAUCCCAACACUGGAUCAACUGAAAAGUCUAGCAGGUAAGGGAGCAUCAAAUUUCAAGACAGCUGCUUCUCUGCCCAUCUUUGGGCUAUUAUGACAUUAUGGGCUAUUAUAGUUUGUUUAAGGCUAUAUAACAGAUGGUGCUCAAAGUUAAAUCAGGUUUUCAUGAUUAUAUGUGUAUUGAGAAUACCUUUAUUUUAGAGUUCUUAUUGAAAUUCUUAAUUUGCACUGACUGGCAAAGUUCUUCUUUAAAAUAUAUUUUUCUGUAUAUAUUUAAGUUCUAUAUCCAUGCUUAAAUCUCUCUAUCAGGGCUCAACAUUUGAAGUCCUACGAUAGCCAUACACUAUGUCAGAGAGGCCUGGCAAAUAGCAUAGGACAUAAAAUGUUGAGCCCUAAUAUAAAAUUCUAUUCUUUUUAACAAGCAGGAGGCAGAGAGAGCAAAGGUAGUGUGCCCUCUAUUGUUGCCAUUGUCGAUUGAAAAUUCAGCCUUGACAAGUAAAAAUGUACCCUUGUGUGUGCUAUGGCUUGCAGAGGCAAGUAACUUAGAAGACCUUCCUAGUAGCAUAGGACUUCAAAUUCUAAGCCCUGUCUAGAUACUGCCUCUUGGUCAGAGCCCAAAAUGUGUGACUGUGUUCACUGCAUCUCUGUUUGUUUCUCCAGUUUUCAAGCAUGACCUGCAGUAUACUUGUAUAUCACAAUUAACAGUUUUUAUUUAUUAAUUUAUUCCAAAACUAAUUCUUACCAACAUAAAUGCCUGCUUUAAAAUUUUUGGUAUGUGGCUAUAUAUUUUCUCUAAUCUAUUGGACGUUUUUGAUUUUCUUUCUUUUUUUACAGGGAAAGACAAGUUUAUUGUUGAUGGCAAUGACUGCACAUUUGUUAGCGAUCUGAACAAGAUUCCGCCUUCUAAAAAUUCAGAAUCUAUAGGUAAUUUGAUCAUUUUGUAAAAUGCAUUUGUCGUUUGACUCCAUCAUUUGCUUAUGUAAAAAUUUAUUUUCUUUUGCCAUAGAUGUGCUGCUCUGUGAUUUCCUUGAAUUUUAUGGAAACUUCGAUUUUAUCAAAAAUGGCAUCAAUAUCCGAAAGGUAAAAUCUUCAUAGUAAACCAUAUGAAAAUAAUCUCCUAUGAAAAGAUGUUAUCUAUUCAUAAAAAAACAUGAUUAACAGCCUCUAUCCCUUAAAAUCGGAUCAAUACAAUGUGUGUGUUUGCUAUUGGAUUCUUACUGGUAUGACCCAAAUACAAGUACUGCAUUUCUAUUUAUAUGUUCCUAUCCAUCUACAAGGCUCAGCCUCUGUAAUUAUAUGGGUGAAUGUUCUGACCAUAUCUGUGCCCAAACCUUGAAUACUCUGAAUUUUAUAUGUAUAGAUUGCUUUGCUACAGUCAUUUGCAGCAUUCUGACAUAACCUGGAGAUUACUUCCUGUUUUUAUGUAUUCUACGUUUUUCUUUAUAGGGAAAGGAACAGAACAAGCCAGAUUCAUCUCCUUUGUACAUCCAGAAUCCUUUUGAACAGACCCUAAACGUUAGCAGAAACGUUAACCAUUCCCAGCUGGAAAGGUUUAUUGCCUUAGCCCGAGAAAGUGCCUGGGUUCUGCAAGAACAGCGGAACCAUUCUUCAGAAAGAGACAAGCAGGCCUGGGGUCUAGCUGCAGUAUUCCUUCCUUCAGUGUCUCAGGGUUUUGGGAAGGGCAAGAGGAAGAAGAGGAAAGGGUUUGCAAGUGAGCGAAUUAAAGGUCUUUUGGAAUCUUUGAAGAAUACUGACAAAGCUAGGUAGUUACGGAAAGACACUAGCUAACAGAACAUUGGUCUGUUGUCAUCAAGCCAAGUCCAGAAAAAGGAUUGACUUACAGGAACGUUCUUUGAAACAUUGGUACUUUUUUUAGUCUGUUUACUGAACAAAAGAUGAAGUUAUCGUCUUAGCCUGGAAAAAUAGGGAACGAAUGGAGUUCAUGUGGAUUGAACUGAUAAUAUAAAAAAAAAAAAUGAAAAGAAACUCUCUAACCUGUAAAAUCUGUAAUAUUUUAUAUUGGAGCCCAGCAGAUUAUUCUUAAAACACAAUAAACAUGUUGGGUGUUUUUUCAUUUCCUUUUUUUUUUAUUUUUAUAUAUGUAUUUGUCUGAUUUUGUUUCACUCAAUGUUCAUUUUUGAUUAAACUCAUCAGAGCUAUCAGCGUAUGAAACCUAU